GGUCAACUGAAACUGACUGAAAACUCACCAAAAAACAACUGUUCUACCUACCUCAAAACUUUCUCCGAUUAUCCGUCGAUAAACACCAUGUCUUCACAUCCGAAUCGAGGGAUACACACCCUGUCUUCACACUCAAACGGGCGCCCACCGUUCUUGAACGAACGUCCCCUUCUUGCUGAAUCGUCCAUCGAUCCAAUACGUGGAAAUGCCCAAACCAUGCGGCUUCCCCCUUUGUCUUCUAUCUAUCAACCACCCGCGCAAAUUUUGAACGCGUGUGCUGGCUUGCCAUUUGACCCAAAUAUUCGUUUAAUGCGAUUGACAAACUUCUCUCGAUUGACGAACACGUCGAACCUGUCCCGUUCGAUACCGACCCAGUCAAAUCAAAAUAUAGCAGGAACGAACAAUCCUGCUUUCUGCCCACCCACACCGUUCCAACUUUGCAGUCAGAACAAUUCAUUUCCGUUGCGAUCUGCAUACCCUCAGCAGGCAGUCCCAAGUCAUCCAGCCCAUGGCCUGACCCCCCCUAAAGACCUCAACCCUCGCAUGGUUCUCAGUGACUCUACCAUGCACAAUGCCGCUGCUUUGGCACCCAUGAAUGCCCACCCUUCCUCAUUCAAGAGGACUCUGGAUAACCGAGAUCUCAGAAAACCUUCCCUAUUUAGACCAUCUCAACCGGUUAAGGCAUCUAGUCUGCAUCCUCUCCGUUCGCCUUCUCCCUCUAUUGUUCAAGCACAUUCCUCCACUCCGUCUUCUUGGUCUAUCCCUCCCACUGCCCUUCAAUGGGCGCCCAUUCAGUAUGUUGAUAGCGUGGAUGCUGAUGCAUAUGAAUGUAGGGAGCUUCAAAAACGAAUCGAUGCGCAAGUUCGAACUGGGGCCCAGUCAAGUAACACCUCAGUAGAUUCCGCCGAAACCUCGAACCUAGCCACUCCACAAUCCUCUAUUCCCGCCUCUUACCGUCUGUUUGAAUCGCUAACUGUAGGCUUUAGCGGUUCAAAAUUGACUACUGAGGAGUCAACCAUGCCGCCAGCCUCCCCCAUCAGAAAAAACCUCCUUUGUUAA